GGAUGAAGUUAUUUUGUGAAACCGAGCUCUGAACCCAUUCGUCACAUCUAAAUUUAUACUCCUUUUAUCGGUCACUUGAAUUCGCCCAGUGUUGUUAGAGGCAGACUAAUACAAAAGCAGACGCCCCCUUAAAAAGUUUAUACUCACUCGAAAUUGUUGGAUCUUUUAACGCGUUUUAUAUUAAAUCAUGUUCAUGGCGUACCUAACCUUCCCAAAGACUGAUCCCCGACGACAGAUUUACCCUGUUUUUGUGAAAAAAAAAAUGAUGACAUAGUUGCGCGCGUACGAAUUCAAGUAAAACGUCAAUACUAAAUAAGGCUUACACAAUAACGCUGUUGAAGCCCGAAACGACCCGAAAUAUUGUUUGCUUUGACGUAUUACAUCACGCAAAGAUUGCGUUGUUUGUAAAGCUCAAGUAGUUCGUUGAACAAACCAAUGGCCUUGAAAGAAAGCAGGCUGAAUCUGCUCAGCUUUGUAUAGGCCAGCGCGAGUUAAUAUAGAUUAGUUUCAGACAUUAUUCGACGAGCAUACCAAGCACUAUGCAGAUGGGUAGAGGCUAUACUAAGUUGCUCAUAUACAUCUUAAUGUGUUGGGUUUUGGUCAUAAUUUUUCUGCAGUUAACUUUCACAUCACGGUAUGUACAUUUCCAUAGGACUCAUAGGCCUAUUACACGGGUUGGGGCUCUAACAUGGAACGAAACGUCCAGCAGAAAAAAGAUCAUCCUGAUUUGGAACAACAAAGAGAUGGGUGAGUACGCAAUCAACAACGACGUCUUCAGCGCGUGUCCAGGCACUGCGCAGCGAUGUCUUAUAACCAACGAUCACAGGCAUUUCCCUGAGAGCGACGUCGUUGUAUUUAAUGCGAAAAGGCUAGGAAAUCUAAGGGAAAGGGAGGAGUCUGGAUUUCCGCGUUAUCACCAGCCUAACCAGAGGUGGAUAUUCUACACCAGGGAGAGUCCAUGCAACAUGCCAAGUCUCCCGGAUAGUACAUGGGGUGGGUUAGAAAACCAAUUUAACUGGACGAUGUCGCACCGCUUGGACUCAGACAUACCGUUCACUUAUGGGAAGAUCGUGGAGAGAAACACGCCACUGGAGAAGGAUUUUGUUUCUGUAGCAAAAACUAAAUCAAAGCUUGUUGUGUGGAUGGUGAGCAACUGUGACACCCACAGCAGACGAGAGCAGUUCGUCAUGGAAUUGCAGAAAUACAUAAAAGUGGAUAUUAUAGGCGCUUGUGGUAAUGAUAUUUGUGCAAAAGAAAACAUGGAAUAUUGCAAUAGUUUAGUAAAUAGAGAGUAUAAGUUCUAUCUGGCAUUUGAAAACAGCUUCUCCAAAGAUUACGUCACGGAGAAAUUUUACAAAACGGUAGAAUGGGACGUUGUCGCAGUGACGCGAGGGGGCGCUGACUACUCUCACCUGGGAAUAAAACCCAACUGGCAUAUUGAUGCCUUGAAAUUCAGAUCCCCAAAAUAUCUCGCUCAUUAUUUACUCUGGUUGGAUAGAAAUCCGAAAGCUUACGCCAAACUGUUGGAAUGGAAAAACAAAUACACGCUAUACCAAGGGCAAGAAUGGUGUUCUAUGUGUGACAAAGUUCAGAAUACAUUAACAGCUCCUCGUAAAGCAUAUUCUAAGGAAAGGUUAACCAGAUGGUUUUAUUCACCUGGCUGUGAAACUCCCCAUGAUGUUCCAAUUUACACAGAAUGGCGCUUUCCAUAUGAUAAAAGUUUUGCUUUCCCACUCCAGCACCAUCACAGGUUAUAUAACACGGCAGUGUUAUAAGCACAAAACAAAAACGUAAACAAAUUAUUUUCACAAUUACUCAGUGAGUAAUUAUACCAAGAUUUUGGAUUUAGAUCUUAUUUCAUUAAGCGCGCUCAAGCACUGACCAAACAAAAUAACCUUCCGAUCUCUAGUAAACAGUAGACGAAGUGCACCUUGAUUAGUACUGAACUGUAGUGGUCAGCAAACGCGUCAUAGUAAUUACAGAGAAAACGGACCAAGCUACUACAAUGCCACGUUGUCAAAAAUAGAAAGAUAUAAUUAAAUGACUUAAGGUAUAAUGCAUGAAUGUUUAAGAGACACUUCGAUGAAUCCAGGAAAAUGACCAGUUCCGGUUCAGUCAAAAUUAAAUAUUAAUAAUAAAAGAACCGGGCAAAUCACAAUAUUUAAGUCGAAGGUCUAGAAUGAGUAUUUCUAAUAAUUAAGUAAAUGUUGAAUCAAAAAUGUCCAUCCUUGACGUGAGAUG